AAACUAAAACUAAAGAAAACAGCGUGUCUCCGACAGUUUGAUCUACACAAGCGUUUUACUCUCACUUUACUUUCACUUCUUAUUAACCAGCAGGCGGCGCACAGGACGUGACUGGACUAUACAGGCUACACACGGUGCGCUGUUUGUGUUUCUCGGACACAACAGUCAAAUCAACAGUAGAAAGCAUGCAAAACAUCGACCAGCGAAAUAAACAAAUUGUGCAAAGUGUCUAUGCAUUUCAAAGAAGAGACCAUGUAGAAGAACCUGCACUGUGAAGGCGUCAGUGAUCAUCGGAGCACUCGGGACAGUCUCCCCAAAACUGGAGGAAUGGCUACAGCAAAUCCCAGGAAAAACAUCAGUCCAGAAAAGUGCAGCAGGAACGGCGAAGACACUGCGCAGAACUCCGAGGACACCAUGCGUUUAUCUAGAGUGACAGCGCGACAGGAGAGAGGACUGAAUAACGUGAUGAAAUCAGGAUGUGGCUCAAAGUGCACCAGCCUCACGCGACGAUGGCAGCCGCUCUAGUCUGCGCAUCAAUCAUAGCGAACCUGAGCAUCUCCCCAGACAGGGCCCAGUACUUCGAGAUGGACAACUUUACUGCAGUCUGUCCCCUGACCUGGAGCUUUGUCAGGAUUACCAACCCUGCGUACAGCCCCGAGUCGUGCGCUCUGCCCUGGGGUAUUCCAGAGGGGCAGUCCUGUGAGGUGAAUAAGCUGCUCCCCACAGACUCUGGGCAGUACUGGUGUCAGGCCCAGGACCAGAAGACGGAGUGUAGUCCCGCGGUCAACAUCAGUGUCAUGGAAAAGGGUGUGAUUCUGGAGAUCCCGUCGCUCCCGGUGAAAGAAAAAGAGCAUGUCACUCUGAGAUGCUCCUAUAAAGACGCCGAAUUUGCCGAUCCCACCUCUAACUUCAAUGCCUCCUUCUUCUUAAACGGUUCCUUUUUGGGAUGGUUUCCUGGAGGUCAGAUGGUGCUUUCCUCUGUGACCCAGAAUCAGCAUCAGGGUCUGUAUCACUGUAUGCACCCGAACAAGGUCCAGUCCCUGCAGAGUCUCCUCAUUGUAAAGCCGAACGAUGCUCCGUCCUCCUCGGUUCCGCCCACCUCUCCUCCUUGGCCAAAGGAAAUCCCUCUGUUCAGACUGUUGUGUUUCCUGGCGCUGGUCGUCCUCUACACCUUCAUCCUCGGCAUCAGCAUCUCCAUUUACUGCAAGUGGACUCGAGCACGAGCCAAACAAAAGCAGCAGGAGUCCGAGCGGGUUUCCCUCCGAAGAAUCAGAGACGCCUAAGCACCAGCAGGGGGCGCACGGAAUGGAUCAAGGUUAAAAUCAAUAUCCGCCUGCAGUUUGAGCUCUUAAAAAUGCAGUGUUGAACUCUUCUGGUGGGGUUGGCCAUAUGCUGGUCUCCAUGGAAUGUUUCACAGUGUGGCAUUAUAGUUAUUUGUCCUAUUUGUUCAAUUACAGGUGUUUUUAAUACUUCAAAAUACAUGAAUAAACAGGCCUUCUUUCUGUGAGCGGGUCGCCUCUUCACAGAUCUGACCUGUAACUGGCGCAGUGGUGUCACCUGUUUGCCUUUAUGGAGAUACAAAAGUUUAAUAAAUAACAUUAACAAAUACAUUUAAAUAUUGUUAAAGGCUCAAGAAUACGUAGACUUUGUAAGCUAACCACUCUGCCACUGUGUAUGCACUUAUUUCUGUAGCUUUUUUUUUCUUUACAUUUCAGUGUUUAUGUUUUAAAAGCCUUUGCCUGAUUUAAACCAUGAGUCUAGUUAAGUUGAAAACUAUAGCUUCAUUUAUUAGAACCAUUUAUAUUUUUUACUCUUUGUUAUUUUGUUUUAUUAUUUUGUUAUUUUGUUUUGUUAUUAUAAUAUAUUGUGAUAUGUGAGCUUCUGUGUCCAAGUCAUUUCUCUUGUGGAUUGUGAAAUGUGUCAUGACAUCACAAGGUGGAACAGAGCAUUUUGAGCUUUGGAGAUGUAGACAGACUAAUAAAAAAGGGUUACUCAAACAUGUGUGAAUGAAACAAAACACAACUCCAGGUCUGUUUUUGAUGAGGUAAAAACAUUCUAACAUGGCUUAAAGGUCACAAGAGUCAGUUAUGUGUAAUAUAGAACCUUUAAUGUGAACCUUUAAAUAAUAAAAGGUUCACACUGUAGUUAACAGUAGUUCUUUAGUUGUAUGUAUGUAGUUAUUACCAGUUAAAAUGCUGUGUGAAAUGAAUAGACUAGAUCAACUUUUACUUUACAAUUCAGGGUGUAAAGAGCAGUUAUCUUGACAAGAGUAAAUUAAAAUUGUGUUUGAUGUUGUGAGAAUUGUUUGCUUGCAAAGACCAGUUUCCAUUUGUGGUUUUGUGCUUUGUGCGCUUUUUUUUUUUUUUUCAUCAUUUUGGCAGGUGACCGAGGUAACACAGAUGAACUAUAAGCACUUUUUUCACUGACAUUAAAGCAUUAUAAAAGACAUUGUUUUGAUUGCAUUAAAGGGCCCAUAUUACACUUUUUUAUGAUCUAUGUUAUAAUGUCGUUUCCCCAUCACAAACAUACGUGGAGUUGGGUUUUGUUUCAUUCACAUGUUUGAGUAAUUCUGGUUAAUUAGUCUGUCUACAUCUCCAAACCUCCAAAUGCUAAGUUCCACCUUGUAAUGUCAUGAAGUGAUUUUCACGUAAACAGUGGAGUAGAGACUGGCAGGUCCAGGGCUCAAAACAUCCAAAUCAUUGCAGUGAAGGUGUAUGGAGUUUAAAAACACAGUGGAGCACUUUCUGUAUUACCACAUGACAUCACAAGGUGUAACAGAGUGUUUCAAUUUGAAAGAGAAAUUAAACAAAACAAAACUCCUGCAAUGUUUGUUGUGAGGAAACAACAGAGAUCAGAAAAUAGUGUAAAUGGUCCGUUUAAUAUUUAAUGCAUUCUCAACAUGAACCACUAGAUGUCAGCAAACCUCCACAUUGAAAUGACAGCAAAUCUUUUUUUUUUUUUUUUUAACGUCUGCCUUUCAAAUGUGUUGAUAAUGUCUUAUUACAAUAUAGCAAAGUAUGAGUUAUAUAUAAAAAGAAACAAAAAAAGUUCUAGUAGAAGGUUUCUGUUCAUAGUUCAUAUUUGAACAUUUCCAGUAACAUUCAUGUCUGAGAGAAAACAGAAAUUUGAACUUUAAACUAAUCCAAGAAUCCCAGGUAUUUCAGAACAUGUUUGUAGAGGUCUAGACUACAGGUUUAUAGCAGCGUUUACACAGAAUAAGACCCCACAGAGACACAGGGAGGGCACCUGACUCUCAGGGACGUUUCAGAACAUGUUUGUAGAGGUCUAGACGACAGGGUGAGCAGCUUUUACACAGAAUAAUACAGGACAUCAUGUUAUUUGAAUAAUUAUGGGGUUUGUAUUUGCCAGUUGCUAGAUUUCAUAAUACAAGGCAACUCUUGCGGAGUCACUCUGCCACUCCAACCGACAGAUCAGUGUGUGGAUGAAACACAACUUUAUCCAGGUAAACUCAGUCAAGACAGAAGUCAUAGUCUUUGGCCCACAGAAACAAAGAGACAGAGUCAGCAGUCACCUCCAGUCUCUCUCUUUAAAACCUUUAAAUCAGGCUAGAAAUCCAGGGCUAAUAAUGAACUCAGACUUGAACUUUAACAGCCACAUCAAAUCAACAACAUCUGCAGCCUUUUACCAUCUAAAAAACACAGCAAAAAUCAAAGGUUUACUGUGUAUGCGUUUGUCUCCAGUAGGUUAGACUAAUAUAAUGGUCUGCUCACUGGUCUCUCCAAACGAGCUGUAGACAACUACAGUACAGGAUCUGACUCGAGAAGUACGAGCACAUAAGUCCUGUGCUCAGAGAAUAGACUUUAUUAUUUAUGUAUUUUAUGUAUUUAUUUUGGGCAAGUAAGAAAUGUACAUUCUUUUACAAUGGAACAUAUAACAUUAGUGAAAUCAUAGCAGAAAUCUCAACAAAAAAUUGAUUGGCUAAAAAAGGAGUGGGAAGAAAACAUAUUUACUUUAAAGUGGCUCUGCUUGUGUACAAGUCUCUCCAUGGCCAAGCACCAAAGUCCAUCUGUGACAUGUUAGUGUCAUAUGAACCAUCUCGCACUCUGAGGAGCUCAGGGACCAGCCUCCUGCUGGUGCCCAGAGUCACGACUAAACACGGGGAGUCAGAGUUUCAGAUUCAUGCAACUAAAACCUGGAACAGUCUCCUGAACAUGUGAGACACACAUCGACUUUGACUCUGUUUAAAUCUAGACUCAACAGUUCUGUUCUGUUCAUUCCACACUCUUCUCUCUCAUUUAAUCUCUCUCUUUUUAAUUGUAUGAUUGUUUAUGUUUUGAUUUGUUUGUAUUGUGAUUUUAAUGCAUUUCUUAUUCUGUAAAGCACAUUGAUUUACUUUGUGUAUGAAAUGUUCUUUACAAAUAAACUUGCCUUGCCUCUACACACUAGUGCCAUCUAGUGGUUUGAGA